UUUCCUCCUUUCUUCUCUCUGCAACUCGCCAUGUCUGAUGUUGACGCCAACCUUCAGUUUUUACAUUCUUUCAAUUUUGCCGAUAAGCAUGUUUCUUAUCUUCUCUCAGUUAAAGGACUUCCUGCAAACACAAGUUUGAUGUUACCGGCCACGAGAUUUGUGUUUCUGUUUUGCAGUCUAAGUUCUGUUGAAACGUCAGGAGGUUGCAAUAUGUCAGAGUGCCGUGAGUCCAUUCAUGUUGGCCUCUGGUCCGCAGUGGAGGAGAGGAGGUCACGUGACAUCAGACGGACAGGUGGCGGUUUCCACCAUCGCAGACAUCUGUCCAUUUUCUGUGCUUCACGAUGUUUUGUACGAGGGAACAGGAGCAGGAUUUAUUCAUUUUCAGAGAUAGUAUCUUGUACUCCGAUCAGACAAGUACGGCCCGAAUCGGCAGUUGUCACUUUGUUGUCUAAAGAUGGUGACCUGCGACACUCAUCUAUUAUCAGGCUCAUCUUAUUUACCUCGGUGACUCAAGAGGUCACUCACCUGAACCUUCAUCAUCGCAUCCCUUCGAUUCUCAGCCACAGGUGCAGGCACCCUGCCCUGCUGCGGUCCGGAACUAGAACUAGUGCCAAGCUAGGUGUACAUGCGUACAUCUGUGAUGGCGGGAAAACACGUUUGGCUGGAGGAGAAUAGCUUUUCCCACAGACCUUGGCACACCUUUGAUGAUAACAGAUUUGAGAGAUCAGAAAAUACUGGCUGGCAUUUACCGAACGUUGACUGGCAGCUUUGUCCGCUCGCCAGCAACUGUUGCCCUAGAGACUGCCAGCACCUUGCCUUCCUGUCUUCCGCCAUCGUGCAAAAACUGAUUUGUGCACGUGUUGGAGGGGGAGAGGUGCCAUGUAGGACAUGGUAAUAAAAGCUAGAAAACCAUGUUUUGGGUCAGUGACUG